UUAGCUUGUCAAUGUCAGGGGAGAGGGGGGCGGUCAAGACCCCUUCUGUUGCGAGAGUGGCUACUGCAUGAACUGACAGGAUUGAUUAUUUACCAAGAAAAGCAGCAUGUAGUCCUGUUCGCAGAGGGAGUUGCACCCAAAAUGGAUUCUGGAAAGCAGCUCUCGGGGAAUCUGGUCCUGGCUGUGUUCACUGCAGUCCUGGGAUCUCUGCAGUAUGGAUACAGCCUAGGGGUCAUCAAUGCUCCUCAGAAGGUGAUCGAGAGGCACUAUGCUCGCUCCCUCGGCGUUGAGAGUGAUGACUUGACUGGUGUGAGCAUGGAACCUGGCAACUCCACCGAGUUAGUGGAGCUUCACCCCUCAGUGGUCAUGUACUGGUCCCUGUCUGUGGCCAUUUUCUCCGUCGGUGGAAUGGUCUCCUCCUUCUUGGUUGGCUUUGUGGCUGACUAUCGAGGAAGGAUUAAAGGCAUGCUAGCAGCAAAUGUUCUGGCCAUCGCUGCUGGCCUACUGAUGGGCCUGGCCAAAAUGGGCAAAGCCCACAUCAUGGUCAUCGCAGGCCGUGCUGUUAUGGGCUUCUACUGUGGUCUAUCCUCCGGACUGGUCCCCAUCUAUGUUGGAGAAAUUUCUCCUCUAGCAUACAGAGGUGCUUUAGGAACACUUCACCAACUGGCAGUAGUUACAGGCAUUCUCAUCAGUCAGGUCAUUGGGCUUGACUUCCUGCUGGGCAAUGAUGCCUUCUGGCCCCUGCUGCUUGGCCUGUCUGGUGCCCCUGCCAUCCUGCAGAUGUUACUGCUCCCCCUGUGUCCAGAGAGUCCGCGCUACCUCUGUAUCAUGCAGGGCAAGGAGGAGGCGGCACGCAAAUCACUGAAGAGGUUCAAGGGUGAGUAUGACACCUCCAAAGACAUAGCAGAGAUGAGGGCUGAGAAGGAGGAGCUGAUGAAGGAGGAAAAGAUGACCAUUCUGGCCCUGCUGCGCUCCUCUGUGUACCGCCAGCAGCUCGUGGUGGCCAUGAUGAUGCAUCUGUCCCAGCAGUUCUCUGGAAUCAAUGCCAUCUUUUAUUACUCCACAGCGAUCUUUGAAAGAGCGGGAGUCACACAGCCUGUGUAUGCCACAAUUGGAGUUGGGGUCAUAAAUCUGGUCUUCACUUUGGUUUCGGUGGCUCUGGUGGACAGAGCAGGCAGACGGACACUGACACUCAUUGGUUUGGGUGGAAUGUGUUUGUGUGCCAUAGCCAUGACAGUGGGCCUGGUUUACUUGAACACAUACUCUUGGAUGAGCAUUGUUAGCAUGGCAGCCAUAUUCCUUUUUGUCAGCUUCUUUGAGAUCGGGCCCGGACCUAUCCCAUGGUUCAUUGUGGCUGAGCUCUUCAGCCAGGGGCCCCGUCCAGCAGCAAUUGCACUGGCAGGCUGCUGCAACUGGACCAGCAACUUCAUCGUCGGCAUGUUUUUCCCCUAUGUAGAGGUUCUCCUCGGAAGUUAUGUGUUCAUCGUCUUCGCUGGGUUGCUUUUCAUCUUCACCGUCUUCAUAUACUUCCGGGUCCCUGAGACCAAGGGCAAGACCUUUGAAGAAAUCGCUGUGGUUUUCCAGGGGAAGCGGAAAGGCGCCAACACAGCGACGGAACUGGAGCAGCUCAAGUCUUCCACAGAGGCCUGAAACGGAGGAUGAAAACAGUGAAUCUCUGAUCUUGCAAAUUGUUACUGUCCUCCUUUUAGCUUUGACUGAGCAAGGUGAAUUUGUGGCACAAAUAUCACAUGUCACAUCUAUUAUGCCAUUUCAUAAUUGUGAGUGAGAUGAGACAGUACUUUAUAUUAACAGAGAGACUUAGUGAUGAUCUGGUAAGUAAUUAAAGACCUCUACAUAAUGUAAUUAUUUUUAUAUUUAUGAAAGUAUAUCACACCUUUGCUGCUUUUAAUUUUGUGUGCCACCUAAUAAUGUGUUCACAGGUAACUGUAAUGACUGUUAUCUGCCGUUUUUUUCUCAAGCUUGAAUGUAUAUGUUGCAAUGUAUAUGAACUUGAACAUGAAGCUGGUGUGGUUGCAUUUUUACUAGAGGGAGUAUUUUUAUGAAAGUUUACAGAUAGCCUACCCUUCUCACACGGCACAGUGACACUAACUAACUAACACUAAACCAGCAUUUGUUAUCCUAAAUUGAAGUAAAAAAUCUGUGAACACGAUCUAACUGUUAAUUUUUAACAAGAAGGAAAUUGCAAACAUGUUUGCCUAUGCAGUUCUCAAAUAUCCUUGUUAUGGGAAUAAAACAUGCUCAUACGACAAUUUCUUUUAAAUGUGAAAUUACGCUGUGAUGUGAACCUGUAUGGGCCGCUGAAGGGAGAAAGAGUACCAUUAAAAGUAAUUCUGCUGAUAAAACUCUCUUGUGAGGGUCUUCUAAGCAGACAUUUUUGUGUGUGUGGGCUGCUUGUUUUUUUGGUCACACAAAAAACUCUACUCAGAAGACUUCUCAUUUUCCCCUUUCAUAGCCUAAUGAAAGGUCUUUGAGUUAGUCCUCAUUCAAGUUAUCAAGUAGUCUGAUAAGAGCAGAGCUGUUUUUUUAUUUCUGUUUUUCAAACAUUUAUUCUGAAUUAAGAAGAUGAUAAACUUUAAUUAAAAAAAACAAAAAACAA